GAUACGAGUCACAUCCCAGUCACUCAUCCGAUAAUUGACCGAGACAAAAUCGUUAGUGAAUUAAAAUCGGGAAAUCAUGAUUUCAAUCAUCAGCAAAUGGAUUAUCUGCCUGUGCCUCAUCGGGGCACCACUGCCCAUCUCGUCGUCGUGCGCGGGAAAAACUGUACUGAGAACUGGGAGUUUAUCCUGCCAGGAUAAGCAAACAAUUCUUGACGAGCACAAUCGUUUACGCCAACUCGUUGCACUGGGCCAGAUACACGGACAGCCGAGCGCUGCGAAUAUGAUGGAAAUGGUCUGGGAUGAUGAACUCGCGACCAUGGCGCAGAGAUGGGCAGACAGUUGCGCUGAGAAUCAUGAUGCAACUCGGAAUGUCCGGAGAUUCGCGGUAGGACAGAACAUUGCUCGCACGUGGACAACGAGGCCCCCGGGGCCCUACGAUGCCGAGCCCAAUUGGCGGCGACAAAUAUCCGGGUGGUUUAACGAGGUGCAACACUAUCAAACUGGCUACAGUAGAGCCACGGGCCAUUACACCCAGGUGGUGUGGGGUGACACGUUUGCAGUGGGUUGUGGCUAUUCCUUCUACUACGAUCCAGCGCGUGGAUAUACCAAGAAUUACGUCUGUAACUAUGGACCUAGUGGGAAUUUGCUGGGUUAUCAGCCUUAUCAAUUUGGACAGCCUUCGUGCAACAGCUAUGGAAUGACCUAUUCGAAUCGAUAUGCUGGGCUGUGCUCUCGCGGAGGUUAUUACCAUCUCGGUGCACUGUGCGCUUACGCUUACUGAGAUGAGCCCCCAAUGUGCCACCCCAUAGUCAACAUUGAAAUUCUUCAUUUUAGUCUUGAGUGAGAGAAGUGCAGAAAGUGAGACACGAAGAAGAAAAAUAGAAAAUAUAAAUGAAGAAAUGAGCGCAUCAUUUAUAUACUCAUCGCUUCGCUGGAAACUAGUCUAGGACUACGUAAAUUGCUCCCACGAGUUUUUCCCUCGAGUCGAGAGUUUUUCAGGCUUGAAGUUUCUUGUGGAGAUACUGAAAAGCCUCGUUGUCACUGGGGAACUACUGUCUCUCGUGUCCCGCCCGGGGGCAUCCUCGCGAGGCUCACGGCCACCACAGGAGAAUUUUUUUCUAGUUUAAAUUGUUGGAAUGACGCUGGUGUAAAUAUCUGCGGUGAUGUUAGGCCAGGGCCAUUCCAACUUGGGCGAUAGAUUCGGGAUUUCGGAUGCUUCUCUAGUCUAUUAGGUAGGAAAUUACUAGUUUAA